AUGCCUGCCUUCCGCAUUCCGCCUCUUCCGCAUUCCGCCUCCUCCGCAUUCCGCCUCCUCCGCCACUUUCCACCCCGCUUCCGCAUCCACCCUCUUCCGCAUCCCCCCUUUUCCGCAUCCCCACCCCCCAUUCCCCUUCCUCUGCUUCCUCCCUCCGCUCCCCUCUUCCGCAUUUCCCCUCGGUAUUUAAUCUUUUACCGUUUUCUCCUCUUCCGCCCUCCCCCUCCCGUCCCCUCCCUUCCCAUCCCAUCCCCUCUCACCAGGUGGG